AAAUACACAACGGCUGCAUCGCUCUUCAGUCUGGACGCAAGACGGCAGGAGUCAGCCGGGCAUUGAGACGGCCGGAGAGCAACGGACUGAGCAGAGGGAGAAAAAGCAUGGCGGCGCCGGCGAGGAGCACGGUGUGCGUGACCGGCGCGGGAGGGUUCGUGGCGUCGUGGCUCGUCAAGCUCCUCCUCUCCACCGGCCACUACGCCGUCCGCGGCACCGUGCGCGAUCCCAGUGGUGGCGAGAAUGCUCAUCUCAUGGCGCUGGAAGGUGCCGGGGAGAGGCUUCGGUUGGUCAAGGCUGACGUACUGGAGUACGGCAGCGUGGCGUCGGCAAUCGCCGGCUGUGAUGGUGUCUUCCAUGUAGCCAGCCCUGUGCCGUCCGGCCCAUGUCCCAACCCUGAGGCAGAUGUCUUAGCUGCUACUGUAACUGGCACACUGAAUGUGUUGAAAGCUUGCUACGAGGCAAAAGUUAAGCGAGUUGUGGUGGUAUUUUCAUUUGUUGCCGUGGGUUUCAAUCCCUGGCCCAAGGGCAUCGCCUUCAACGAAGAUAGCUGGUCAGAUGAGGAGUACUGCAGAAAGCAUCAGGAAUUUGGAUGGUAUUUCCUUUCUAAAACAUUGGCAGAGCGUGAGGCCUUUGCUUAUGUAGCAAAAACUGGACUGGAUGUUGUAACUGUUUGCCCAACAUUGGUCAUCGGACCAUUGAUGCAAUCUUCAAUUAGCACAAGCGUUAAAAUAUUUCUCAAUUAUAUCAAAGAUGAGGAGGAGUCCGUCGAACAUAAGUUUGAGCAUUUUGUGGAUGUUCGUGAUGUUGCUGAUGCUCUUCUGUUGGCUUAUGAAAACCCAAAGGCGUCUGGAAGGUACCUUUGUAGUUCAGCACCAAUAAGAGUCUCCGAUAUUGUAAACAUAUUAAAGAAUUCAUACCCAACGAACAACUAUCAAAAAAGUAUCUUUGUGGAAACAGAAAACAGCACCAGGUGUAACACGGAGAAGCUUGAGAAGCUAGGGUGGAGCUCCAGGCCUAUAGAGAAAACUCUCCAUGACAACAUCGAAAGCUGCCGAGCUCUUGGCAUCCUGAAUUAGCCUCCAACUUGGGGACCAUUUGGCCAUGGUGAGACUGAAUAAGCUAGAGAAGUAAUGAGUAGCUCAGGUAAGAGUAGUACCCUCCAGUUGAGGCCCACUCUGUCUGGGGUGCAGUUAUGCAUCACAGAAGAUGACAGAUAAACCGUUGUCAUCUUCUGCGGCUGGUCUGCAGCCUGAUUGGUAGGCCACGUGAUGAUUAUUAGGCUGUGCCGUUGAAAGAAUUGAGCGGGGUAAAAACUCACUAGAGUUGGUAAUGUCAUUCACGUGUAAGAGAGUCCGAAAACUAAAAAAGUCAUAACU